UGGUGAUAAUUUAGCCGUUCGAGACAAACAUUAAAUUGACGGUAAACAUGCUGAGCAAAAAUGAAAUAUAUUCAAUAGUUUUUCUUACUGCGACUUUCUUUUGAGAGUAAUCAGUCAUGGAUAAAUUUGUGAAAAUCUGCUCGUUCCUUAUUCUUACCUGCGGAGUAGUGGCUAACUCGCAAAAGCUUGUAAAUAUAGCGCUUUACAAACCUACUUUUCAAGAUGAUACACUGCACUACCCUGCAACUAACCAGAACGCCAUCUGGUCAUCAGAACAUGCCGUUGACGGGAAGAAAAAUUGUGUACAACCAGCAACAUACAAUGAUUACAGCGCAACAGCUGUUAAGGCAGAGCCUUGGUGGCAGGUUGAUCUAGGCGGUCUUUACAAUAUAAAAAAGGUCAUGGUUUAUGGACAACCCGAAAAAAAUCCAAGUAGUAAGGAAAUGGGUAGAAACAUAGCUCUUACAGAAAAAUGGCUGUUCUUUAUAUAA